AUGGAUCAUGAUCAAUCUCUUCAACUAUUUAGCAAACAUGCCUUCAGAAAAGAAAAUCCUUUGGAUGAGUAUAUUGACCAAUCCAAGAGGGCAAUAGGCAUUGCUAGAGGUCUUCCGCUAGCUAUUGAGGUCAUAGGUUCACUUUUAUGUCACACUAAAAGGGAAAAGUGGGAUCACAUAUUGAAGAAGUUGGAAAAUGUUCCUCAUGCAGAAAUUCAGAGUAAGUUGAAAAUAAGCUAUGAUGCAUUAGAUGUUCGACAACGGCAUAUAUUCCUCGAUAUAGCUUGUCUUUUCAUUGGAUAUGACAAAGACAAUGUGGUUCAUUUUUGGGAUGAAUCUAAAUUUCCGGAAGAAGCCAUGGAAGUUUUGCAGAACAUAUCUUUGAUAAAGAUUGAAAAGUUUAAUAGAGUGUGGAUGCAUGACCAACUUAGAGAUCUCGGAAGAGAAAUAGUUCGUCAAGAAAGUAAAAUGGAAAUAGAGGAGCAAAGUAGGGUGUGGGAUCCCAAGGAAGCAUUGGAUUUGCUGAGGAGACCCGAGUUACUUUUUGUGUUCUCUAGUACCAUUGUGACCCACUCAAUUAAUAUUUUUGCUCUUUUAAUAUUAGAUGAAUGGGGAAAAGAAGAAGUUGAAGCUCUUCAUCUCAAGUUUAACCACAAGAGGUGGUUCCAUUUUACCUAUGAGAGCUUGAAGAGCCUUUCAAAUCUAAGGUUUCUUCAAGUUGAUAAUUCGGAGGAAUAUUCUUAUGCAAAAACGAGGCCUUAUUGGAGAGAACUCCUAACUUCUGCUCAAUCAAAUUUAGAACGCUUGAUCCUAAGCGAGUGUUGGAAUUUGGUCGAAAUUGACAAGUCAAUCUGUCAAUUGAAACGCUUAGUUUCCUUAAGAGUAGAUAAAUGUUGGAAACUUCGAAGGCUACCACAGGUGGUGGGUAGAGAUCUUGCAACUCAGCAACAUUGCAAUUCGUCGGACAGGCUUUCGGAUACAAUCGGAAAUUUGGAAUCGCUGCUUGAGUUGGAUAUAUCUCGUACGGAGAUUGAAGAACUACCCGAUUCUAUCGGAAAGUGGAAAAAUUUGAAAGUAGUGAAGAUUGGUAGUGCCAUACGCAAAAUACCCGAUGCCCUCUGGAUGAUUAAGAGCCUUGAAGAAAUAGAAGUCGAAGUUAAGCCUGAUUUUGAUGUGGAAAUUAGCGAUUGCAUCUUCGAAGAUCGAUGCCUGAGGAGCUUGCGCUUGACGUGGGCUAGAAUAAACAAAGUACCGAGACUUCCUGAAAGUCUCGAGAUUCUAUCUUUGACUAAAAUAUAUAUGGAUACAUUUCCAGAUUUGUCAAACCUCGUUAAUUUAAAGGAUUUGACGCUGGUGUUUGGCCCACGUAAUGAUGGUGGGGAAUCUGGUGGGCCUGUGGAAGCAUAUCCAAUGCCGCGGUGGAUUGAGAAUUUAAGCAAACUGCAGUACCUCAUCCUGUGCUCCGAUUACGUGACCACCUUACCCACGGAUCUCAGUAGUAUCCUUCCCCGACUCAAGUCACUUUCACUCAAGGGUGAUCAUUUGCGUUGCCUCCCGAGCCUUCCCUCCAGUUUAUCAGGGUUCACCUUGAGAUCUGAAUACGUGACCACCUUACCAAAAGAUAUUAUAAGUCUCCUCCCCCAACUCCGGAAUCUUUCACUCUCGUGCCCUAAUCUGCGUUGCCUCCCGAGCCAUCCCUCCACUUUAUCAUUCUUGUCUUUGAAAUCUAAAUGCAUGACCACCUUACCCACGGAUAUGAGUAGUCUCCUUCCUCGACUCGAGAGACUUUGGCUCGAGUGCCCUAAUCUAGGUUGCCUCCCGAGCCUUCCCUCCAGUUUAUCAGAGUUGGAGUUGACCGGUUGCAAGUCAUCAUUUUCCCUAGGGGAUCUAUCUUAUUUGAAAGAACUAUCAUAUCUUUGCAUCAGUGAUUGUGCAAUCUCAGAGAUUCGAUGCCAUGAUCCUUUGGAGAACCUACAACGAUUGCGGCUUUGGGAUCUUCCACGGUUGGAAACUUUACCUUCUCUAGGUAAUUUCAACAAACUACGUUAUCUUUAUGUAUCCGAAUGUGGUAAUCUGGUUGAGAUUCAAGGCGAACUACCACAAUCUUUGGAAGUAUUGAAGAUUUGUAAAUGUGGAUCUUUAAAGGAGUUGCCUGAUCUGUCACCCUUGAAGGGACUAAAAACGGUUAGAAUGAAGUGUUGCGGGAAUUUAGACGUGGAGGCAAUUUCUUCGCUUUGCUGUGAGAAGUCAGUCGAAUUUGGGGAAGAAGACAGUGAUGUUGAAUCCGAAUCUCAGCUAGAAGACGACGAAUUUGAAUCUGAAUCUGAUGGAGAAGGCGACGAGUACGAGGAAGAAGACGACAAAUCUGAAUAUGAGGAAGAAGACGACGAAUGAGUGCACGAUCUUUUGAAAGCUUCUUGAUCCACGUCCACAAAUUGUUCCCUCGUGUUCAAGCUUUAAACGGAUUGAGGGAGCUGUGGCUAAUUAAGUAUCUGUACAAAUGAAGACCGAAUGAAGGAAAAUGAAGAUGACAUUUAGUGUCGCCUCAAUUCCCUUUCACAAUCUUGGGGCAGCAAACUGUGCAUCCAUCUGUCGAGAGACAGAAACUUGAAGAUCAGGGAGGGAAGUCAUUGCCUAAUGAUGAAAUUGUCAAAUCUGUUGAACUCGAUGUUAAGUUUCAUUGAAUGUCUCGCAUUUUUUGCCAGAGCAGGGCAGGGGUAUUCAUUGUGAAAUUUGUAGCAUCAUAUAUAAUGUUUUUGGGGGGGUAAAAGGGCUAUUUAAGCAAACCUGAUUGUUUAUUAAUCUUUUUUGUGGAGCCACAGAAUGAAUAUUGCACUUCAUCUGGAUGUGUGUUCUCUUCAUUGACAUGCAAUAGAACUUGCUUAUCAGUACACAAA